GCGGUGUUUUAAGGACACGCCCACAACAAGGGAACUAAAGAAUAUUCAAGUAAACUCCAUCCACGGAAACAGUUUUUCACAAGAACCGAAUAUUACACAACACCGGACCUCGGUGAGCUCAUAGCUGGUUACGACCCGGAUCCUGCUGCGAGUAAACUGAAAACGAAAGUAGGCCUACACACUGGGAGAAAAAAAAAAAGAUGUUUGCGCUUUUUGACGCCAAGGAGGAAAUUUACCGAAACAUGUCGCUAUACAAACUGAGUCAGUGCUUUCUACCGGACACAUCGGAUGCGCGGCGCAGGAGCCGUGAGAUUGAUGCCAUGCUAAAACGAGACCGGCGUAUGCCGCCGGUGGUUAUCACUCUGGAAGGGUCAGACAGAGGCGGAAUAUCAACUUUCCUCAAACAAAUGCGUCUCAUUAACGGAAAAGAGUACAACCAUAAAGAGGUGCUUGAAUUCAGAGAAGUAAUUUACGACAAUAUCAUCCAGUCUCCAGACGGAAGAUGCUCAUUUUAUCGCUUCCUGAUUGGGAGACUCUGGGUUCGGACCAUAAGGGUAUGGGAGUGUUGGUUCAAGAAAGAAAGAAACUGGGCAUUCCUUUGCAUAACUCCACCAAUGAGAUGCAUGAAAUGUUAUUUGAGUCUUUGGACUGGCGUGUAACGUUGGAGCCCUGUACAUUUCAACCUUAUGUUGAAGCUAUUGAUUCUCUCUGGAAGGAUUCUGGGAUUCAAGAAGCUCAUCGCAGGAGGAGCAACUUUAAAUUGUAUGAAUCAGUAAAGUACUUCUUUAACAACAUCCAUCGUAUUGGCCAACUGAACUACUUGCCAUACAAUCAAGACAUUCUUUAUGCAUGUAAAGUACGGGAAAACUUAGGAGACCAUUAUUUUGAGCUCCGUGACAGCCCAUUCACAGUAAUAAAAGGCUCUGUCAUGCGUUAUAUUUUGCCAAAAUUAGGCAAGUAUCUUGAUAUCGACACACCAAUUUUCUAUAUCAUUGGAUCCAGUGAUUAUGACAAAAUCUUCUGUGGGGACAACUGCCUGAUUCAGUCAAUGAAUACAUUUGAGUGCCUUUGCAAUAGCAAGGGAUUACUCAAAUGCCCCAUCAUACUCCUCUUUAACAAAAUGGACCUGCUGGCGGAAAAAAUACAGACUUCAGAUAUCCGGAAGCAUUUUCCUGAGUUCCAAGGUGAUCCCCACAGGCAGGAGGAUGUGCAGGAAUUCUUGGUUCAAAGCUUUCAAAAGAGGAAAGGGAAUAACAGCAGGAAUAUUUUCUAUCACAUGACCACUGCUGUGGACACAGAAAAUGUUCGGAAAGUGUUUGAGAGUAUUAAAGUUGAUAUAAUUACCUGUAUCCUCAAAGACUCUCAAUUGCUGUAAGAGUUUCCCAAACGGGGGUUAAUGAGUCGAUGAAAAGCUAACAAUUAUCUAAAUCUAAUGGAAAAUUGAAAUAAACAACUGAGGCUGCAAAAUUACUAUAAAUGAAACUAAAAUUGCGUACACAGUCUGAUGCACUGUGUGUUACAGAGUGAAGAGCAAAAUAAAAGCUUGAGGGAUUGUAUAUAUGGAAAUGUAAGAUUUUUAAAAUUUAAGAUGUAUGGAGAUGUAUUUCACAGUAGUUGUAAUUUACAAUAGUAAUAUAUUUGUCUUCAUUUUAUAAUUAGUUCGUACUAAAUAUUAAUUAUUAUUAUUAUUAUAUUCAAUUUAAUUGGGUUCCUAAAACGCCAGUGUGAAGGUGAGACAUUUUCAUAUGAGAUGAAAUGUCAUAUCAUUAAUCACAAUAUAAAGUUUCUGGCAGAGUUGUGCAACCCUUUAUAAAAAUAAUAAUAAUAAUAAUAAUAAUAAUAAUAAUAAAAACUUUAAAAACAAACCACCAACUAAAAAAUAAGUAUUUUAUCUAUUUACUUGUCUAAUUAUUGUCAUUAAACUAUUCAAAUAUUACCUUAUAAUAUAUAUAUAGAACUCUUUCCCCGCCAGCCACCCCCAGCAUUUUUUUAUCAUUUUCACAAAACUUUCAUGACCCCUAGAAUAUUUUAUUGUAUGAAUAUCUAAUCUGAACAUGCAAUA